UCAGGUAGCACAUUGACGAUUAGUUACAAGUUGCAAUUAAAAUGAAAGGUAUAUUCCUUUCACUGUUCGUUUCGGCUGCGCUGACUAGUUACACGCUAGCACAGCAGGAUGUUCCCGGUGUAAAAGUUCCUAACUCAUCGCUGCUCAGAUCUACGAUUCCGGGUGAUUGUGCAGUGAAUGGAGGUAUUGUGUGCUCAAGUUGCACUGCUCUAUCGCUUUGCAUCAAUGGAGCUCCGGCGGCAGAGAUUGAAUGCAGUGGCAACUUCCCGUACUGCAAUCCAACCGAUGUACCUCAGCCCAGUUGCUCCGCGACACCAGCCACCGGUUGCGGUACAAACACUUCCACUGCUCCUCAAGCAAUCACUUGUUCCUCGGUCGGAAUACUUCCAGAUCCUAAUAAUUGCAACAACUACCAUGUUUGUCGACAAGGAGUGACUACUUCGGAUGUCUACGUUUGCCCAACAGGAACCAGUUUUAACCUAGCAACUCUCCAGUGUCGAGCUCAAAACGCAAACAAUUGUGUUAGGAUCCAGUGUAACAACACCGCAAGUGGUUUCGUUUACUAUGGAACAUCACGCCAAUACUACGCCUACUGUGCUGUCGCCAAUGGGGUGGCCACCCCGUACAUGCUAAAGUGUCCCAAUCGGGCGACAUUUAAUAUGAAUACUUUUUCCUGUACGUACAACUGUCCCGGACAGGGGAACUUUGUCAACUCGAACGAUCCGGCAACCUAUUAUCAGUGCUAUAUCCUCAAUGGCCGGUGGGUGGCUACUGUGGUGAGAUGUCCAGCGAAUACCACUUUUAAUCAGACCUUGACGUAUUGCGUUUGAUUCUGGUGAUGUACGCAAUUCGUUCGUUUGUGGUUCGUUGAUGGAUUAAAUUAAUAAUAAAUCAAUAAAUUUUACAAAAAUAUAACUACGACAAGAAUCUUAAAAUAA